GAUGUUUGACACCAGUUUGACAUCCUUCAUUAUGUGAAAUAGCUUCAAGGACAUGUACAUUAUCCCAGUAAUUGAGUAAUAGCUGUACAAUCUACAUGACAUAGUGGUGGCCAUUUGCAAUCCCACAUUGUGUGAAAUUACUUCAUUGCAUUGACAUUGAGUAUAAAACCAACAGGCUGUCUGCGUUUAGAUGCAGAGUGCGCAAGUGGUUAAAUAAGCGGUCUACAUCGUUUUCAUCUGACAACUUGGUAUUUUGAGAUUCAUUGAAGAGCUGAGAAACAUGGACGUGAAGCCAGGCCACUGUUGGCGUUGUGAGAAAGCUCUCCCUGAUUGUGUGGUGCGAUGUGAUCGCUGCAACAAGGCCGUUUACUGCAGCAACUUAUGCCAAAAGCGGGACCUAGUAAGACAUGGUGCUGUUGAAUGCCAAAUAUUUGGACCCAAAACAUGCACUUAUUGCAAGAAAGAAGGUGACCAUAAGCAGUGUGCUGGAUGCAGCGCGGCAUGGUACUGCAAUGUGUCAUGCCAAAGGAAGGACCACUCAAAUCAUAAGCUUUACUGCAAGACCAUCAAAAUAUGCAUUCAAACGGCUGUCGCACCACUGAAUCAACUCUACAAUGUUAGAGCUCAAGAUUAUGCUAACAACUCACAGGAUGCUAUAUGGCGUGCAGAACUGCCCAAAUACUUUGGAAACAAGAUGGCAUGCGACUUCCUACAACUUGCAGACAAUGAAAUGGCUUGUGCUGUAGGUAGAAGAGAAGUAUUAGAAUGUGACUUCCACGUUCUGUCGACAGGAUGUGGGAAUCUGCGCAACACCAUUUUGACAGCUGCUUCCCUGCCAGCAGAAUAUCAAGGGAAACUCCACAUUACACUAAAUGAUGUUGAACCUUCUGUGAUGGCCAGAAACGUCCUGUUUCUCUUUAUAUUGAUACGUGAAGAAGGCGAGGAAGGCCUUGCUUCCAGCUUGGCCACCAUCUGGUAUUCACUACACAUUUCAAAGAAAGAUUAUAAGCUGCUACAGAGAAGCUUGCAGGACCUUCUGAAAAUCAACGCUGAGAGACUCCAGGAGCUUGUUGGUGGACUAGUAAUUAUCAGCAAUGCAGAUCUUGAUAAGAUACGUGAUAUCUGGAAGCUAUGGUAUUCCCUUUCAUGUAAACGCAUCAACAGGUCGUCCAUCAACCUCAGCCAACAGCGUCGGGAAUGGUUUGCGCAACAAGAUCGACAAUUUAUCCAUGAAUUCAAGUUCUAUCAGGAGAGUCUCUCAGAAACGGAAGCCAUUUCUGUUGGACAGUGGCUGGAGCGUGGUUUGUUCCUUCCGGAUGACGCCAAGAAGAGUGACCUACCCUAUGACAAUCCAACCUUGACAGGACCCGUGUUGGAAGAAUCAACUGUGAGAGAUGAAUUUUUAAGCACGAUAACGGAAAGGAAGGUUAUGUUCAAGUACUGUAUUGGACCCUCAUUUACACCCUUCUCAGCCUGGGACUGCAAUCAAGUCAAGCAGCACGCACAUACCCCCAGCUCCUCAGUGAUAGGGAUGUACCAUGCAUAUGUGGUAGAUCUCCUGCAAAAAGCAAAAGCCCUCUUCACUCAAGGAAGGCUUCAGAUUCACCUCUUGGUCAGUAGCUGCUUAGAGGUCCCGGACGCCCAUAAGACCCUCGGCAUGGUGGACUACGACAGGAUCUUCACGUCCACUCUAGCCGACAGAGUCGGCAUCUGCAAACUUCUUCAGAUAUUCAGACCGCUCCUGAAUGCUUGCAACAGAAAUGCAGUGAUAGUCACCGAGACGCAGGACUGGCUUUCUCUGAUCCCAGAUGCUCUUUUCAAGAUGGAUUCCAAUGAUAAGACGAUGCAGCUGUACAGAAGAGACACGGGAAGGCAGCUGUCCUCACCUUUGGCUAUCAGAAAUCAGAUGGAGUAUCGUGACAACAGCGAGUGGUUCAUGGUGUACCUACGAGCAGUCAUGAUGGCUGGUGGCCUUGAUAUACCUCCGAUUGAUGAUUUCCUAUCUUUCAAGCAGGCUAUGCAACAUGUUGAGGGCUUACACAUGAGGGAUUUCAGGAAGGAGUUAAACAAGCUAGUGCCAUUCCUAAGUCGUAUCAAUGCGAAAUGGCUUUCUCUGCCACUGGGCAUAAAUAGAGCGUUGGAGUGGUAUAUACCACAGGACUGAUGCUUCAUGGGGGCAGAUGGUUGAAUCUGAGGGACGGAGGUAGAAUGAAUGGUUGCCCUAGGCGCAAUUCGAUUGAGCUGCUUAACGGUAAGCAAAUUUUGGUACUUACUGUAGCAGAAAAAUUUGGCGGCCAUACAUACAUUACGCGUUCACCAUUGAUUUGUAUUGUGACGUCAUUUAUUUUUGUAAGGUAAGCACCGGAAGGUUAGCAUGCCUUCUUGUGUGCUUACGGUUAGCAGCGCUAUGAAAUUGAAAUCAAACAGCACAAAAUCGACUGCUAAGCAGCGCUAUAAAAUUGGGCCCUGAUGUUUAACCAAAUGUGACAUGUGUUAUUGAUUAAUGCAGAUCGGUAGUUAAUGUCCACUUUCUCUGACUUUUAUAAACAUUUCAAACAUUGAAAACAAAAAUGUCCUUCAGCAAUUUGGUUUGGGUACAAUAACUUUAA